AUGUUGACCAAUCCGAAGGCUUCAUACCAUCUGCGGAUGAGCGUUCAAGAGCCACUUGCAGCAUUUGAACACGCACCUGAGGGACCAUCCGAGGGUUCUAGACAAUCGACUGUGAAUAGUCCCAUCGAAGGACUAAAGCAAGCGCAUGCCGACAUGGUAGCUUGGUGUUACAAAUCGCACGGUGCCGUUGCCGAUGAACAACUGAAAAAACUCGACGAAGCUUCUGUAAAAAGAGAACACGUUGCUUACGGUUUGAUUGCACUUGUAAGCCUCUACUUGUUGGCCGGUCAACAAGCAUUUUUCCUUUCCGCUCUGAUUGCGUUCACCUAUCCAGCCUGCGCAAGUGUUAAGGCUGUUCGCGCAAAAGACUCGGCUGAAGCUUUCUACUUAUUACUCUACUGGGUUUCUUUCGGAUUCUCUUCACUCCUUGAUUCAACCUUCAUUAGUGAUCUUCCGGUGUACUUCUUGCUGAAGAUUGUGCUGGCUUACAUGUUUCAGACUUGGUUCCUUACAUUCCUCUUCCUACCGCAAACGCAAGGGGCAAAGUUGAUCUAUUUCAAAGCCAUCGAGCCAGUUGCAAAACUUGUCGAUGGCUACGUGAAUAAGAACAUUUGA